AUGCACCCCCCGCAGUGGAUCGCAGCCUGGGUGCUCCUGCUCCACGGCUGUGCCGCGGGACGGCCACCGCAGGCUGCCUCUGCCAGGACCGACAUCCGGGACUGCUCCGCAGACCCACCGUACUUGCCCCCUACGGCCACCAACACGACGGCGCGGCUCGCCGCUCUGCGGGACACCAUGCGAGCCCACCAUGUCCAUGCCUACAUCGUGCCCUCCACGGAUGCCCACAUGAGCGAGUACAUCGCCGAGCGGGAUUCCCGGCUGGGCUGGCUGACCGGCUUCACCGGCUCUGCAGGCACCGGCGUGGUGACGCAGGACAAGGCUGCCCUGUGGACCGACAGCCGCUACUGGACCCAGGCUGAGCGGCAACUGGACUGCAACUGGGAGCUGGAGAGGACAACCUGGAUCGAGUCCAUUGGGCUGUGGAUCCUGGAGGCGGUUCCUGUGGGGGGGAACAUCAGCUUGGACCCCUUCCUCUUCUCCAUCGACACCUGGAACAGCUACAGCCGGGCUCUGCACGGCUCUGGCAGGACCCUUCUCCCCAUCGAGACCAACCUUGUGGAUCAAGUGUGGGGUGACCAGAGACCCCCUCCAGCCUCCAGCGAGAUCUACAACCUCCCAGCAGCAUUCACAGGGAGCAGCUGGCAGGAGAAGGUGGCCGGGAUCCGGCAGCAGAUGGAGCAGCACGUUCGACGCCCCACGGCCGUGCUGCUGUCGGGGCUGGAGGAGACGGCCUGGCUCUUCAAUCUCCGCGGAGACGACAUCCCCUACAACCCCGUCUUCUACUCCUACACCCUGCUGACCAACACCACCAUAAGCCUGUUCGUGGACGAGAUGCGGCUGUCAGCAGUGGCGCGGCAGGUCCUGCGGGAAGGCUGCCCGGGGCCGCUGUGUGUGGAGCUGCAGGAGUACGGGCAGGCACGCACCCACCUCCGCCGCUACGCCCAGGGCAACGUCACCAUCUGGCUGGGCACCGAGUACACCACCUACGGCCUCUACGGCGUCAUCCCCCAGGAGAAGCUGCUGGAGGACAGCUACUCCCCCGUCAUGCUGGCCAAGGCGGUGAAAAAUGCCAAGGAGCAGGAGCUGCUGCGAGCCGCUCACGUUCGGGAUGCGGUGGCUGUCAUCCAGUACCUGCUGUGGCUGGAGAAGAUGGUCCCGCAGGGGCAGGUGGACGAGUUUUCAGGGGCACAGCACAUCGACACACUUCGCCAGGCCCAGGAGCACAGCCGUGGGCCCAGCUUCCAGUCCAUCUCUGCCAGCGGGCUCAAUGCCGCGCUGGCCCACUACAGCCCCUCCAACGGGAGCAGCCGGAAGCUGUCUGUGGAUGAGAUGUACCUUUCGGACACUGGAGGGCAAUAUCUGGAUGGGACGACAGACAUCACGCGGACGGUGCACUGGGGUGUGCCGACCCCACUCCAGAAGGAAGCCUACACCCGUGUGCUGAUGGGCAACAUCGACCUGUCCCGCCUCGUCUUCCCGCCCAACACGGCAGGGAGAACGGUGGAGUCCUUCGCCCGCCGGGCACUCUGGGACGUGGGACUCAACUACGGCCACGGGACCGGCCAUGGCAUCGGCAACUUCCUCUCGGUCCACGAAUGGCCUGUGGGCUUCCAGUCUAACAACGUGCCACUGACAGCCGGCAUGUUCACCUCCAUCGAGCCCGGGUACUACCGGGACGGCGAGUUCGGGAUCCGCAUCGAGGACGUCGCCCUCGUGGUGGAGGCGCAGACCAAGCAUCAGAGCGGGGAGAAGCCCUUCCUGACCUUCGAGGUUGUGUCCCUGGUGCCCUACGACCGCAACCUCAUUGACCUCAGCCUCCUGUCACCAGAGCAGAUCCAGUACCUGAACGCAUACUACGAGACCAUCCGGGCACGCGUGGGGCCAGAGCUGCAGCGGCAGCAUCUGGAGGAGGAGUACCGCUGGCUGCAGAGGAGCACCGAGCCCUUCCCGCUGGGCAGCGCCGCCACCGCCACCAUGGCCACCCUGGGCACGCUGGCCCUCUCCUCCCUCCUCUCUGCGCUGCUCACUGGGCUGCAGGCCUGA